AUGGGCAGCGACGCUCUUGUCCCGUCGAUUCUCGCCGUCUUGCUCCUCGACUCUGAGGGCAAUCGAAUCAUAGCCAAGUACUACCAAGGAUUUCAGAGCUGCGCGGUCGAGCAGGGUAAAUUCGAGGCUAAACUCUUUAAGAAAACCAAAAACACUAAUACAACCAGAAGCGAUGCUGAUGUGAUCAUCUUAUUUCGCUCUGUACAGGCAAUCUUCCGAUGUGGUGCUGAUACGCGCUUCUACGUCCUCGGGGCUGCCGGUGAGAACGAGAUUAUUCUAAACAUGGUGCUCGAUGGACUCUUUGAGGCUCUGCACUUGCUUCUCCGGGGACAGCUUGAAAGCCGGGCUCUUCUCGACAACCUGGAAACAGUUAUGCUCGCUGUCGACGAGCUCGCAAGCGUCGACGGUGGGGUUAUACUGGAGACAGAUGCCCAGUCCAUCUCCAAUCGAGUAAUGAUGAGAGGUGUUGAGGGUACGCAGCCCAUCACUGAUAUGUCCAUGUCUCAAGCCAUUGCCUCCGCCAAAGAUCAGCUGUUCAAGAGCUAG